ACAACUCUUCAAGCUUUUCAAGAAAAAAUAAACGAUAUCUAUCUCGAAUAUGCAAAACAGUACAACAUUGACGAAGGAGAGUACCAUCUCGAUAUUGUUUAUGACAGGAAAAAUGCAACUGUUAAAAUCAAUAGAAUAGAAGACCUUGGAGAAGACGUUUAUAUUUCUACAAAAUAUAACAACUUGGCAUGGUAUAGAUUUUUGAGGAUGUUAAAUCAGCCUGCAGAAUAUCCAGUACACCCGAACUUUUAUGAAGUCGAAAACCCUAAUGGAACAUAUGAAAAUGUUUUCGACUCAGAUGCUAUUAUAGUUCAUGCUUCAUUUUCUGGUGCACAAAACUCUUUUUUAUGCUUGGCAAAUGACUUUUACGAAAAACCUACAAAGCUAUAUGAACCACCGAGUGGAAGUAUUUCAGACUUUCAAGUAUGGUUUACUACAGAUGGAAGAAAGAGAAUAGUUCCAUUAUACCAUGCGUUUUACUUAGAACUUAGUCUCAUAUACAACUACUAUCGAACGGUAAAAAUAUAA